UGUUGAAAUGACUGAUGAAGAACAUAUCAUAUCUGCUGACAAUAUAUUAAGGAAAGCUUUCAAAAUAAAUGAUUGUUUCAUAUCGAUAUUACACACGGACUGAUUUGUAAAUUGAAAUUAAUUACUUGUUGCAAUAUAAUACAACUAUUAUUUAGUAUAAAUUUAGUAUUUGUUGAUUGUUCUUAUCCUUUUUUUUUAAUUGACUAUGAUUUAUAUAUCACAUUACUCAGUAGCAGUCAAAAUGAUGAAUUUAAUCUUUGGAUUAUUACCGUGAGAAUUCGAUUAUUUGUAAUAUAAAAUGUUGCUAUUGAUAACCUAAGAAGUAUACGCGACGAAUCACUCUGUGUCUCUCAAGAAUUCACCGCACAAUAUAAGAAAUCAGAGGUCGUGCAUCGUGAGAGUAGUGCAUCGUUUGUGGAACUGCCUAAGAUUUACGCAAAAUACGCAACAAAUUUAAUGAUUACAUGUAUUUAUUGACAGUUUAAUUACUUUCUUUUAUUAAAAGAUAAUUAUACAUAUUAAAUAAGUAAAAAACAAAUAUAUAUUUCGGUAAUCUAAUGUUAUCUUUUUUUUAGUAUGCAGUUGUACAAUUUGACAAUUUAGAUUUUUCGGUGAUUCCCGUAAUUUGGUUGGAUGAACCACAUCAUUGUUAUUGGCCUACAGGAAUCAAAAACGUUAGAACCGCAAUUGUGAAAGAAAUGCCCGUUAAAGACAAUUUUAUGAAAUAUAAAUGCCAGAUCUUUAGUAAACAUGAUACUUAUGAAUCAGCCUUAGAGGCAGAAAAACAGAUUGUAGCUACAUCGGAAUCUGAGGAGGCUGAAUCAAGAAUGGGGAAAAGAAAAGUAAAAAAUAAUAAAUAUGACGACUAUGUCAGUUUUCCUAAUCCUCCGAGAUUGUUAUUAUCCAAGGAAUCACAUAAAUCAGGUAUUGCAGUUUCAAGACACACGAAUAAGGACAAUGAAAAUUCUAAAUUAAAUAAUUCACAAGAUAUUAAUGGUAAUAAAAAUAGCGACUUAUGUAAAAAAACAUCUUUAAUCAAAACAUUUAUAUAUUUAAUUUUUCAGAUAAUGUUUCUCUUUCUAUAAAAAUGUCUAUAUUUUUCA